ACGCAUGCGCAGAGAGCGCGGCGGGGUGUGUCCGGAGCCCGCGCACUGCUCGCCGCGGGUCCCGAACACAAGAUGGCGGCAGCGGCUGCCAGGGUGAGGCGGCAGCGGGAUGGCGGCUGUGAGCGGAGCGGCCCCCAACACCCCCAGGCUCCGGCCGCAGCCCUGCCUCUGGGCCAGCGCGGCCCCGUGCCGGUAUGAGGCUCUCGCCCUCCUCCGCGGCCGCCCGGCGGACGGAAGGAGCCUGCGAGGCAAACCCCGGUACUGACUGCUAGCCCCCAGCUGCCUGGCCGCAAGGUGGACUGCACGCCGCCGGAUGCCUCCUUGCCACUUGUAGCAGAGACGCCGCCCCUGCCAGCGCGGCCGCCCCUCGCCUGCUGCUGCUGCUGCUUCAGGGUCGUCUGCCGAAGCCAGCCAGAAACCCUUCUCUCCAGUCCUGGGAGCUGCAGCCUUUUGUGUCAGGGAGCCAGCCCCCUUGCAAAUGGUGAGAAAUGGCCAAUGAGAAUCACGGCAGCUCCAAGGAAGAAGCUGCUCUGAUGAGCCACUCCCCUGGCACCUCCCACCAGAGCCAGCCAAGCUCCCCAGAACCUGUCCGGCUGGUGCAGGAUUUGCCAGAUGAGCUGGUGCAGGCUGGCUGGGAGAAGUGCUGGAGCAAGAGAGAGAACCGCCCGUACUAUUUCAACCGCUUCACCAACCAGUCACUCUGGGAGAUGCCGCUUUUGGGGCAACAUGACAUCAUUUCUGACCCUCUGGGUCUGAACGCAGCUCCAAUGCCUGCCGAAGGGGGAACUGGCGAUGCAGGUGCUGAAAGCAAGGUGCGGAAACGGAGGCUUUCUGAGGAGGUUCAGCCCAGUGGCAACAGCGUGAAGAAGGCCAAGGUAGGCCUGGUGGAUGUCUCGGGAAACCCGCCGAGUCAGCCAGCCCCUAACUCUUCCACUGCCCCUGGGACUCCUCUGUUGAAGAUGUGGGGUAUCUCUUCUGAAGACAAGCAGAUGGCUCUCUUACGACCAACUGAAGUCUACUGGGACUUGGACAUCCAGACGAACGCAGUGAUUAAGCAGAGGGCGCCCUCCGAGGUGUUGAGCCCCCACCCAGAAGUGGAGCUUCUCCGAUCCCAGCUGAUGCUGAAGUUGCGCCAGCACUACCGGGAGCUCUGCCAGCAGCGAGAGGGAAUCGAGCCUCCACGAGAAUCCUUCAACCGCUGGAUGCUGGAGCGGAAAGUGGUGGACAAAGGGAUGGAUCCCCUCUUGCCGAGCAACUGUGAGCCAGUCGUCUCUCCUUCCAUGUUCAGAGAGAUCAUGAAUGACAUUCCCAUCAGAUUGUCCCGAAUCAAGUUCCGUGAGGAAUCCAAGCGCCUGCUUUUCAAAUAUGCUGAGGCUGCAAAGAGGCUCAUUGAAUCCAGGAGUGCCUCUCCAGACAGCAGGAAGGUGGUGAAGUGGAACGUGGAGGAUACCUUCAGCUGGCUGCGCCAGGACCACUCUGCCUCGAAGGAAGACUACAUGGACCGCCUGGAGCACCUGCGCAAGCAGUGUGGGCCCCACGUGUCUGCUGCAGCCAAGGACUCUGUGGAGGGCAUUUGCAGCAAGAUUUACCACAUCUCUCUGGAGUACGUCAAGCGCAUUCGCGAGAAGCACCUGACUAUCCUCAAGGAGCACAAUAUACCUGUGGAGGCAGAGGCCCCAGAGGUGCAGGACCGCCUUGUCUACUGCUACCCGAUGCGGCUGGCCAUCCCUUCCCCCCCGCUGCCAAACGUGGAGAUGCACGUGGAGAACAAUGUGGUGUGUGUGCGUUAUAAAGGCGAGAUGGUGAAAGUCAGCCGCAACUACUUCAGCAAGCUGUGGCUGCUGUAUCGGUACAGCUGCAUUGACGACUCUGGCUUCGAACGUUUUUUGCCAAGGGUUUGGUGCCUUCUCCGCAGAUACCAGAUGAUGCUUGGUGUUGGCCUCUAUGAAGGAACUGGCCUGCAGAGGGCGCUUCCGGUGCAGGUCUUCGAAGCCCUCCACAAGCUCUUCGGUGUGAGCUUUGAGUGUUUCGCCUCCCCCUUGAACUGCUACUUCAAGCAGCACUGCUCGGCCUUCCUAGACACAGAUGGGUAUUUUGGAUCAAGGGGUCCCUGCCUGGAUUUCUUCCCCAUCAGUGGCUCGUUUCAGGCAAACCCUCCAUUCUGUGAGGAGCUGAUGGAUGCCAUGGUGUCCCACUUUGAGAAGCUGCUGGAGACCUCCAAUGAGCCUCUGUCCUUCAUUGUCUUCAUCCCGGAGUGGCGGGAUCCCCCGACACCAGCUCUGACUCGCAUGGAACAGAGCAGGUUCAGGCGGCAUCAGCUUAUCCUGCCUGCCUUUGACCACGAAUACCGCAGCGGCUCCCAGCAUGUUUGCAAAAAGGAGGAGAUGUACUACAAAGCAGUGUACAACACAGCCAUCAUCUUUCUGCAAAACAACUCUGGCUUUACCAAGUGGGAGCCCACCCCAGAGAGGCUGCAGGAGCUUGUCACGGCCUGUAAGCCCUCGGGACGGGCCCUUGCCUCGUCUGCCUCCUCAUCGUCAUCCUCUUCCUCCUCUGCUUCAGACAAGGACCGAGAGACAGUUCAGGACCAGAGCGCCAGCCAGGAGACAGCCCCUCAUUAGCAAACUUGCUGGGCUGACUGGCGGCAGUGGGAGAGAGCCCUGCUCCAAGAGGAGGUGAAGAAGGUUGGCCCCAAAGCACUGGAGGUGGGGACCAGCUGCGCAGCUUUUGCCUUCCUCUCCGGUUCUGCCCGCCCUCUUGAGGGGACAUCGCAUCCCAUGCGCCCUGCCCGGAAGGGCAGGCUCCUCACCUCCUGGAGUUGUGCCCAGCAAGGAAGUUCCUGCUGCUCUCUCUGUUGCUACAGCUCCCACAAAGACCCCGCUCGAGCUGAGGCAGGCGGUAGGGACAGCCGGCUGAGGGUCUACAGCAUUUGGGGGCAAAGGGAUGGCCCAGCGCCACCACAGGACCUGGCCGCCUGUCCCAAGCAGGAAGCGUGGAUGGAGGGAAGCAGGCUGUGCCGCGCUGUGCACUGUGGCGAUCACUCUGGCCCCGCUGUGUGUCUGUUCUGUAAAUGCGUGUCCGUGCGGUGACUCUGCUCGCCGAGGGCCAUUCUGUUGCCUCUCCCGUGUUUUCCCCAGGUGUACCAGUCGCGUGUUUCACUGACGCUGUUUACUGUCAAUUGUGGAGCAGAGGAGUUCCCUUUUGUGCGCGCGUGUACAGAGGUCUUGGCUGCCAUUUUUGUAGUCAUCACAGUUCCUGUCUGAAGAUUCGGGCUUUCUUGGUGGGGGUUUGUGUUUUUUAAGGAUUUAAUUUAACAGUGCUAACCAUUUUAUUACUUUUAUCAAGAGCAAAGGAAAGUCUAUUUUUGAUUUUGUUUCCUAGUUCUUAGGAACAUUAAAACCAGCAUUAUGGUGUCCCAAGGCCUUGGUGCAUUUCCUAUGUAAGCUUGGGUCUGGGGCAACAGUCCCCAAAAAGUUAACCCACAAAAUAGUUGCCUGUAGAAUUGAAUCCACUGGGGGUACCUGGACAUGCCAAGGGCAUAUAGACCCUAUUAGGCUCCUCUUAGGUGAGAGGAUGAGCGCUGAGUGAGAGUGCAUUUGUGUAUGAGACAGAGAGAGAAAGGAGGUGGGGUGGGUGGGUUUGGUUUUUGCCUGCUAACUGCUCAGCUGGCCUGCAGAGCUUGCUCUAAGGGUGUAGAAAGGACAAGGUGGGUAGCGGUGUGUGUGAAGUUGACAUUCUCGCCCCUAAUACGAUCAGUAUACAUACCUCUACUUUCAGACUAGAAACCACAGUUGCUUUGAUCUGCCCAUCUCUUUCACGUGCACGUACACAAGUGGUCCAUUUCUUCUUUUCUUGGCUUCUGCACCCUGAACCUGAUCCACCCGCCCUUUGAGAAGGUUUUUUGCUUGAACCAUUUAAACCUGUUAGCAAGAAGCUGCCUAAGACAGACUGGAUCUCUGCUCCUCAUUGGACUGGAGACUGAUAGAUUAUGAAGCCUUGGUGGCUACUAAAAUCAUCCAGGCUUGUAGUGGUGUUGAGAGCACGUAACUAGUGACCGUGGUCUAGGGCAGUUGGAUGCUUCCGUCUGAAGCUGCUGGGAAGGGCUUCUAGGAUGUGGACCUUGAUUUUGCAUGCUUUUGCAAGGGCAAACUGUCUUGGCUGCACAGGGAGUGCUGGGCAUGGGAGAAGAAGGUUAAACCCCCCUCUGGUACAACAGAUCACUGUCCCCAUGCUGUUAAUAGCAGCUUGGCUGCAUUGGCAGUGCUGGGGGGGGGAGAGAGAGAGUUUAAACCACCAUCAUCACCCCAGAGUUAACCUAGUGCAGCCAAGAGUUGCCUUCUUGUGCCUUAGUGGAUAAAAUUCCUCACUGUUCCUAUUCUAUUGAUUAUAUCACAUCCUUUCUCCGAAAAAGUCAUCAUGGAGCAUAUGCAAGGUUAUUCUGGUUUUACAAGAGCCCAGAGGGAGUGAGGGGUUGGUUUCUUGAUGGGUUUCAAGCCACCUUCACCCCUGUGAACACGCAACAUUCCCUGUGAACAUACUUGCCUCUCUUUUCUAGGUUUCUAGUUAUGGGUGAGCAUUGAAUCAGCUAGAAAUGGUGUGUAGUAUACAUUGAGUAAAUAAAAAAUGAGGGCAAUUCACCUUUCUGUUGCAGGGAGCGUGUGGGCCACACAUCUUUUAGAAAUAAUGUAACAAUUUUCUUUAAUCUGUAAACUGAAUACAACCAUGAUUGUG